GAACCGAUAAUCCGGUCGGUAUGAGACAUUUUCUUAGACAAAACAAACUCAUACUGUUUUAUAAUUUUAAAAAAUUAACUGAAAAUAAUUUAUUUAUUUUGUAAAAACUACAUAUAAAAAGUACGUGCCAUUUUGCAUCAUCUAAGUCAGCAACGCUUUGCCUCUCUCGCGCCGUCGCCGUCGCCGUCUGCCGCAACACAACCAUAUUCCCACGCUCGCGCCGCUCCCCACGGCUCCAUUUUUCUCAGUUCACAGAAUCUCAGUCACAGGUAACAAUUCUCUGCGCUUAUGCGCUUAGCUACGGUGGACUCAACAAUGGAAACCCUAGACUCAGAACCAUCGUCUCCUUCAACAACCAUUGAUUCCAAACCUCAAAUCUCUUCUCCAUUUCCGUCCUCAAUGCUCAGACUGUGGAGACAAGCUGCCCAGCGCAAUCUGAGAAACCAGUGGCCACAAUUGGCAUUGCUUAAGGAUCAAUGGUUCUCUAUUUCUUCCACCUCAAGAUCUUACGCUUCGGCUCUCGUCAAUGCUCAUCUUUCUCAAAGGUACAUCCCUGAUAUGAAGUUGGGUGUUUUGAGCAAUAUGUCUGAUAUAAGAAAGAGAGCUAGUUUUAAACUAUUCAAGCAGCAGAAACUUCAGAGGAGCCAAUUAUUGCUGUCUUAUAAGGACAUGGUGGGCGUUGUAAGUAAAAUGAUCAAUGUUAGCAGAUCAAUGAAAUGUUUUUUCAGAAGAUCAAACAAUAGUUCAUUGUUACAAUUUUCCCAUUACUAUAAAGACCAGAGUGACUCUGGAGAUAGUGGAGAUGGUGGUGGAAUUCCGGUGUUUGCAUUCUUAUCAAUCUCUUCGCAUGAGAAAUUGGUGGAGGAGCUGGUUCAGAUGUUCAGAUUGGAACUGUGUUUGAAGCGCCUACUUGUUCUUGAAUUUAUGUUCAUUGGUGAUGAUGCUUCACAAGUAAACCAGCUGCAUUGGUCAUCUCAGAUUUAUGUUGAUGAAUUCAAAGAUUUAAGUGACUGCAAUCUGUUUUGUGAGGUGACCCAUGGACCAGUUCCGCCAAGAUUGAGGGAGGGGAAAUCUGACAUGGGUACUUUAAGAUUCGACAGCCAACCUAACCCGGAGGUUUUACAGGUUUAUUUAACAUCGUGGCUUGCAGGGAUGAACAUAAACACUUCCAGGGUGAACGAAAUAUUUGAAGUUGUUGGGGAGGAAAUGCACAUUAGCAUAGGUUAAAUAAAUGUUUUGUCGUCAUGAGUACAAUCUGAUGAGCAUGUUAUCAGAGUUAGAUUAAGUGGUUACACCUUCAAUGGCUCUUUUCAAACAUUGUCAAGCUUAGAAAGAGGUAAAAGGAAUGGCAAGAGAUGGAGACUUGCAGUAAAAGGAUUACCAAGUCAUGGAGAUAGGUAGGUUUAGUGUGAUAACAGUCACAAAAUAACGAUGAUUUUGUUUUUCCUUAUGUCAAUAAAUUUUGUUCUAAGGUAAACUUAGCACGAUGGUUGUCAGCAUAGAUACAAAACUGAUUUCUUAUAUGAUGUAUUUUGUUA